AUGGCUAACCGUCCCCCGACCCUCCAGGAGGCCUCCGAGUCGUAUUACCUCAAGGGGAUCCACGAGUCGCCGGCGCUCAAGCGCGCCCGCACGCCGUACCAGCUUAAGAACGUGCUGACGGGCGCCGCCAUCUUCUCGUUCAUUAUCGGCGUCUACUACUACUCGAUCUCGGCGGUCAAGCAGGACGACUUUUCCGACGUCGUCGACCUUCUCCCCCCACCCGAAGAGCGCGCCGUCAUGCGCUCGAUCGAGGACGAACUGCGCGACAAGGAGCUCGGUGUCGCCAUCGCUGUCGGCGAGCUGCCUGCAGUCCUGCCACCAGCGUCUGGGUCCUCCGGCGUCAUUGCGUGGCUGCCGAAGCGCCUCGACAAGAUCGAGUGGCUGCAGCGUCGCGGGUGGGUCGAGACGGGCAAGGGCAACGUGCUCGUGUGGGGUGCGCCGAACGUCAACAACAUCGGCAGCAUGCGCGACUCGUUCGGUUCUACCGGGGCCCGCCGCGUAUAA